UAUUUUUCAAGAUAUUUUGCUGUUUACAGAUAAACCGGACAGACUGUAUAUAUGAAGAAUACGAAGGAAGUGCACCAUACUUGUAUUAUGCAGAUCAUUUCGCGAUGUGGACUAUUCAUUGCGAAUCAUUUUAGAAUUUAUAUGGAGGAAUAUAGUCAACGUAGACGUCUAUCUACUCCAAGCGACAGUCCCAGUCCUCCUAGAACAACGAGACUUUCUAGAUCUACAGGUACAUUGACUAGAGAAGAGGAAUCCUUUUGCGAAUCAAAUAACACUCUCACUAAAAAAAAUCAAGGACAGGAAGUUGAGAGAAAGGGUUGGUUUAAAUCUCUGUCUAGGAAGAAUAAAUCGAAUAUCAAAACAGUGGAUAAGAAAUCUAGAAUACCAGAAAGCGAAAUUUUAACCACUGGAACUGAUGAAGAAGCCUCGUCCGUACCUGAACGAGUUUCUGUACAAAAAAAUUUACGUUUCUUUGGGGACACCGAUCAGGAAUCAGUUUCAUCUAAUAGAGAUCGCAGAAACAAACGAGAUGAUCAUGCCUGUUCAGGACGUGAUGUUAUGAAUUCCAACCGUUACAAUUUGGGUAUUCUAUCAACAUCUCGGAAACCAUCGAGACUUACUGAAAGUGCGUUGUCUUCUGGUGAAAGUACAACAGGAGAUAGCAGUCAACAAAGUCAGAAUUCUCAGAGAUCACAGAGAUCUGUUGUAUAUCUUCAUGCUGCUACAGUGGGUGAAAUACCUGGUCCUAAUGAGAGACGUAGAGCAGCAAGCAGAGAAGAAUUAAAUCGACCACUUCAAUCGCACACGAGAACAGUAUCAAGAAGUGUCAGCGUUCUUGCACCUUGGAAACCUAGACAUUAUAGAGAAUCUUUCGAAAUAAAUUAUGAUCAACAAUUGCAUCCAAAAUCGUUAAUGACAAUGAGACGUAGACAAAAAAGUCGUGAAACAUUAAAUCGUCGGGGAAAAGAUAUACGACGAAGCAAAGAUAAUCUCUCAAAAAUUGGUACGAUCAAUCGUAGUACUCUAAAAUCAAAAGACAAGCAAAAAGUGGAUAGAACUGUUUCCACGGAAUCGUUGGCCAUCAAAUCACGGAACUCAAAACCAGAACUGAAUAGAUCUACAUCGGUUCCACGUGACCCGAAUAAGAGUGCUGGCUGGUUCAAGUUGAAAAGCAAAAAAUUCCGAACUUGAAGGGAAGGCCAUUGAUCAAUGCUAGUCUUGAAUUUUAUAAGUAAUUUUUAAUCAUAAGGGAUUAACAAUAAUAUGAUCAAUUUAUUAUCAAAUCAUGGAGAAUAUAAUUGAACAAGUUAUUAUUUUAUUUACUCUUUUUUCUAAUGUGAUUUUCUAAUGAAAUCAUCUCAGUGCAUGAAAAUCUUUUUAUAAAUAAAUAAUUCUUAUUAACUGAAAAAAGAUAUUUACAAUUUUU